ACAAUCAAAAUGGCGACCUCUUUGCAAGAAAAACAAAUAUCUGCUUUGAAACGAAUGCUAAAUUUUAACCAGCCAAUCACGAAAACUUCAAAUGCCGAACCGCAGUGGAAAGUUUUGAUUUAUGACAGAUUUGGUCAAGAUAUUAUUUCACCAUUAUUAACAAUAAAAGAGCUUAGAGAUAUUGGUGUUACACUUCAUCUUAGCCUGCAUUCUGAUCGAGAUCCCAUUCCUGAUGUUCCAGCUAUUUAUUUUGUUAUGCCUACGGAAGACAACAUUCAACGUCUUUGCAGAGAUUUUCAGAACCAGCUAUACGAGUCCUACUAUCUUAAUUUUAUUUCUGCCAUCUCUAGGCAAAAACUGGAAGAUAUAGCACAAGCAGCUUUGCAAUCAAAUGCUGUGCAACAAGUUUGUAAAGUUUUUGACCAGUAUUUGAACUUUAUUUCAUUAGAAAAUGAAUUAUUUACACUCCGACAUCAAGACAGAGACUCCAUCUCAUAUUAUGCUAUAAACAAAGGUGAUGUGAAAGAUACUGAAAUGGAAUUGAUAAUGGAUAAUAUUGUGGAUAGUUUAUUUUCUGUAUUUGUGACUAUGGGUGUCGUUCCUAUAUUACGUUGCCCAAGGGGCAAUGCUGCAGAAAUGGUUGCUGAAAAACUAGACAAAAAACUAAGAGAGAACUUAAGAGAUGCCAGGAACAGCUUGUUUACUGCUGAAGGUGUGCCAGGACAAUUUAGUUUUCAAAGACCACUUCUUGUGAUUUUAGAUCGUAAUCUUGAUUUAGCAACAAUGCUUCACCAUACAUGGACAUAUCAAGCCUUAGCACAUGAUGUUCUAGAGUUGAAGCUUAACAGAGUUGAAAUUGAAGAGAUAGUUGAUGAUGGAAUGCAUGCAAGCUCCCCUGCUAGAAAACCUAAAUCAAGGAAGAAAGUUUAUGAUUUAUCAUCAAAAGAUAAACUUUGGAUGUCAGAAAAAGGACACCCAUUUCCAGAAGUUGCCGAAGCUGUACAAGAAGCAUUGAAUGGAUACAGACAAGAAGAAGGAGAAGUUAAAAAGCUUAAAGCUGCUCUGGGCCUAGAAGGUGAAGAUGAUACCGCAAUCAGUAUGCUGUCUGACAAUACAGCCCGUCUUACAUCAGCUGUUACCUCUCUCCCAGAGCUGUUAGAAAAGAAAAGAUUGAUCGACAUGCACAUGAACAUCGCCACUGCUCUUCUGGAACAAAUAAAAUCAAGAAAACUUGAUACCUACUUUGAGACUGAAGAAAGAAUGAUGAGUAGGUCAACACUGAACAAAUCUUUGAUGGACAUGAUUUCUGAUCCCGAAGCUGGGAAGCCUGAAGACAAGGUUCGUCUUUUUGUCAUUGCUUUAAUUUGCGGCCCCCCCAUGUCUGAGGCAGAGAUUGAUCAAUACUGUGUGGCUUUACAGGCGGCAAAUUGUGAUAUUUCAGCUGUUCAGUAUGUUCGUCGUUGGAAAUCAUACACUAAACUUCAAGCAUCUCCUAACCAGUAUGUUGGUGGAGGCAUAAGCUCUACAAGCAUGUUUUCGGGCCUCCUCUCUAAAGGCUCUCAGUUUGUGAUGGAAGGUGUAAAGAACCUAGUCGUAAAGAGUCACAAUCUUCCUACAACUCGCAUUGUUGAUGCUUUGAUGGAACUGAAAUCACUUCCGGACAGUGAAGAUUUUCGCUACUUUGACCCCAAACUUUUAAGAGCGGAUUCUUCAUCCGUGCCAAGGAACAAAACCCCCUUUCAGGAGGCUUAUGUUUUCAUCGUAGGUGGUGGUAAUUAUAUUGAAUUUCAAAACCUAAUGGAUUACGUUAAGUCUAAAUCAACACCAUCAAUGCCAAAGAAAAUAAUUUAUGGGUGCAGUGAUUUGGUCAAUGCUUCUCAGUUUUUGAAACAGUUGUCACAUUUAGGUCAAGAAAUUUAAAUAUUAAAUAAAUAUUAGGUAUAAGCUGUAAAUAUUAUUUAUUUUUGAAUUUGUCCGCUCAUUACUAUUGAUUCAGUUCAACUUUUUAAUAAUUAAGUGAAUAAACUUAAAAUGUGUAUUUUUAUUACACCACAUUACCAACCUAGAACUAUUUUAUAUCCCAGUUGAAUAAGACUUUGAAGGGAUGUAUUUUCUCUUUUUGAUUAUAUUACCACUAACAUUUUAAUACUAGUUGCUGUUAUAUUUUUGGAAAACUAAGAUAUUUUUAAAAAAAUUAUUCACUUUCUUCCUCUGUUUAUUGGGGAGAUAUACUGGAAGUUAAAUAAUUCUGAUUAUAAAUGACCCAAAAUUGUGUUUGUUUAUAAGGUUGUUGCAUAUAUUGGUAUAAGCUAUGAUAAAAUUUCACAUUUGAAAUGAAAUGCUUUUAUUGUUGUCUAUCUCAUUUUAAUUAUUUUCUUUAGAUAUCUGUAUAUUUAGUACAAUGCUUCUAAAUUUUGUUUCUACUCUUCUCUCAUCUUUUAUUAUUUUUCCUACUGUGUAUGUUUUAUCCAUUCUUUGAAUUAAGUUAAAUAUUUGCUUAUGCUACAAUUGCUUAAAUACAGGUAAAAACAAAAUUUUAAAUUUCUUUUAGAAACACAUACUGUCCAUUAAAUUUUAUUUAAUCUGAUGCUUAGGAUUUGCAUAUGUUAGAUUUAUUGUGAAUAUCACUGUUGCUAUAACUGACAUCUGAUGUAUGUGUAGCUUUUGUUGUGGGGGUUCAAAAUUUUGGCCACCUCAAAUAUUUUACUUCUUAGCAAUUUUAGACUAAUGUGAUGUGCAUAAAUAGCCUUUUUUUUAUGUGUUUGAAACAUUUCUUUCUGUCUACUCUUUCAGAUCAGUAUGUUAUGUAUUAUAAUUAUACAUGCAUGUUAGUGUAUUGGGAGGGUUGAAGUUAAAGUGGUUGGAUUUCAUUUAUCAAUAAAAACUCAUGUUUUCCUCACUUCAAGUAAUGAAAUAUUUGUUAAACUUGUUUUAAAGUUGUUCUAUAAAUAUCAUGAUUGUUCUCUUGGACAUUGACACUUAGGCGGUGGAUCACACUCUAUUUAUAGAUAGCCAAUAUGAUACUAAAAAGAUAUUGAUGAUUAAAAUAUCAUUGAUAAAUAUUUGAAAAGUUACACCAUUUUUACUUAUAUUAUAAGAUUAAACAGUCUGGCAGUAGUUUAAAUUUUGUAACUUGCUAACUGGUAAUGUUAAGACAAUGUUAUAUUGAUUGGGUAGAUUACCAUACACUCCUGAUUGUACGCUGUAUAAAAUGAUGCUCAAUCUUUACAUCUCUUGUGAGUCGUGACAAUGGGCAGUACUUGCAACACAAUCAAUUAAUAUUUGAGCACAACUCUAGCAUACAAUAACCAUCUUUAGAUCUCUUGUGACAAUGAACACUACUUGUAACACAUACAAAAAGUAGAAAAGAACUACUCAAGCAAACUACUACCCUACUAUAUUAUAACGAUCUUUAGAUCACUUGUGACAAGGAACAUUAACGGCAACUCAUACAAUAGCAUA